CGAAUACGAUUAUUUAGUAAACAGAGACAGAUCAAAGAUGGAUGGUCAAGUAAGGUCAGAGGACGUUUACGGCGAAAAGAUCGACCGUUGCUUGUACAAUGGUCUCGUAAAAUUUGUUGGUGGUGUUGGUGUUGGAAUUGUUUUCUCAGCAUUGUUGUUUAAAAGGAAACCAUGGCCUGUUACAUUAGGAGCUGGUUUGGGACUUGGCAUGGGAGUUGCGAGCUGCAACUAUGAAUUCAAAUAUGGACUGCCUCUAAGUCGUUCCCCAGAACUUGCAAGUUUAAAGGUGGGGGAAGAGAUGACUUUCUCCAGUGUGGAGGAAGUCCGGGACAUGGGAGAAGAGAUGAGCAACAUGGGGGAAGGCAGACCCUGCGCAGAGGAGUCGGAGUACUGUGACAGUUCUGCGCGCUACGUCCAGCCUCCAUGCCGACCCAGUCCACGGCGUGUGGAGUAUCCUCCCUACAGGCCUGCGGGUGGCUGCCACAUGCAGCAGCAGUGUCCACCGUGCGGGCGGGAUUGUUAGAUAAGGACUGUUCAGUCAGAAGGCAGGAGUGGCAAGUUCUUGACAAAGUUCAGCACAGCAACCUGAAACAUCGUGAUCUCCUCUGAAAGCACCAACAUCAUGGAAGGGACAAAUUUCGAGUGAUAACAGACCAGCGUCGACCAUCUUUUAGUAAUUAAUUUAUUCUAUGAGUCCCUCUAAUGUGGGACAUAUAUAAAUUGAAACAUUUCGCCCUUCCCUUUGUUUGAAAUAAAGCUGUAAAUGCGUGCUACCGUCGAGUGAAUUCGGGACGAGAGUGCACAAAUAACUUGAGGCGUCUAGUUCCUUUUGUACAGUGUUGAUGGCUGUCUUUUUAUUCACCAGUGUUUUUUGUCGCCUAAGUGCUAUUGCGUCACCUGUCUUUGAAUGUCUCUGUAGUAGUGAGUCUGUCUUCAGUAGAAUGUAAGUGUAUUGUAACCAGACUUGGCUGUGGUUACGUAAGUCAUCACUUGCCCAGCGUUUAUACCAUUUAUACAAGUACAAGUGAUAAACUCUUUGGAUGCAUGAAGCAGGAAGAAAGUGAAUGUUUUGUUUCUUGAUACAUCUCCAAACAAUAAAAAGAUUGUGUCUUA